AUGGAACACUCCGAGAACGAAGCUUUGAAGUCAGCAGCGCAGAAACCUGCUGUGUGGUUCAGGUAUGUGGACGAUACCUUUGUUAUCUGGUCACAUGGGAGGACUGGUCUCAACCAAUUCCUGGAAUUCUUGAAUGCUCAGCAUCCGAGCAUCAAGUUCACCAUGAAAAUUGAGCAGAACGGAUGUCUCCCAUUUCUGGAUGUCUCGGUUCGUUGUAAUGAGGAUGGUACUCUGAGUCAUCAAGUAUAUCGCAAGCCCACCCACACAGACAGGUACCUCAAUGCUGCCUCCCGUCAGCACCCCUCCCAGAAGAACUCUGUCAUUAGCUCCCUAAUGUACAGAGCUCUUACAAUCUCCCAAUCUUCCAACGUCAACAGCGAAGUUGAACAUCUAGAGACAGCUCUGGCCAAGAAUGGGUAUAACAUUCAACAAAUUCGAAAGGUCAAAAGAUAG